UCGGGUCGGCCGGGUAGUUGAAGGCUUUGUCAUGAUUCAGGACCACGAAGAAGGAGAGGAAAGGGUUGUGCUGAAACUUAAACUGACCUAUCAUGAGUGACCCAGAUCGAAAUCCACUGAAGAAACAGCCAUCAAAAACCUCUUUAGAGCAGAGCCUGCGUAUGAUAUCACCCCCACAGCAAGCGCCAAUUACAAUUUAUCCAGGACCCUCAGCAAGAAUGGCCAAUCUUUCCAAGGCGGACCUGGAGAUAGCCCAACGCUUGGAGAACCUUCGGAAGUCUGAUAGUGAAAAUCUGCCAACAGAGGAAGAGAUGGCUAGUCGUCUGGCCCAGCUAAAAGGCCUACCAAGUGACCACUAUGCUAGAACCUCAGCUGCUGCUGCGGCUUACCAACCUCCUGAUCAGAGGACAGAAGUAGAGAAGGCAAUGCAAGAAGUAUCCAUAGACUCUCGUGUCCCCAAUCCCGAUGACGAAUUGGAAGCGAGGCUUGCCCGGCUGAGAGGAGAGGAAUCGCGAGCUGCCCCUCCAGCAGGUGCAGUGGCUUUACCCCCUGUUGCGCAUCCCUUUGGAAGAUCUGAUGUCCCAUUUGAUGACGACUUGGAUGACAUGAGUAUGGAUGAGGUUGAAGUAUUAAUGCAAGUUGCUGGGAGAGAGAUGCAAGCAUCAGCUGACAGAGCCAUGGGUGAACUACAAGCAGACCCCCAGCUGGCCCAGGCCGUUGCACAGGCCACUCGGAAGAAAGAGAAGAAAGGCCGCCAGAAGAAGUCUAAAUCAUCAGGUGGGGGCAAGGGGGACUCCUCUGAUGAUGAGCGGAGGAGCAAGAGUUAUGACAGUGAUAUAGACAUUGAGGGAGGGAAGGCUAUUGAUGCCAUCACAGACCAGGCUGAGGUCCAGAGAAUUAUUGACAUGUACACCAAACGUGCUCAGUUGAAGAAAGAGAGGAAGCGGAGGAAGAAGGAAGCUGCAGCUGCUGCGGGAGCCGUUGGAGGUGCCGUUGGGGGUGAUGAUUCUGACUCAGAUAUAAGCAGUGGUUCUGACUCUGAUUUAACCUCCGAAAGUGAAAAAUUUAGUGAGAGUGAUGAACUCAGUGACUGAGUGGUAUUUCUGGUGUGAACUAAUUUGCAUUUUGCAAUGUCAUAUAUCAUCAGAGUGCUGUCAUAAUGAUAAUUUAAAGUAAUAUUUUGUGGUACUGUUUUUUGAAGUGGACAUGUUGGGAAGCAAAGAAAAUUGCUAUAUUUGGCCAUUCAUGGUGAUAUUAUAUAUAUAUUCUAUAUUGUUGAUAUGACUGUUUUAGUGGUAAGACUUUUCACUUAGAGAUGAAACCAAUCACUAAAGUGACAGUUUAAAAAGGGACACAGAACAAGAGUAUUAUUUACUGCAAUUAUUGAUGAUUUUCAUGCACCUGCUCACACACAAGCAUGCUCACACACACAUGGAAAUAAUAACACACAGAAAGGUAUGCACUUGCACCCUACCCAGAAUCAACCAAAUAUGUUUAAGAACAUAUAUCAGUAGUUAAGUAUUUUGAAACCGAGGUACUCACUGGUUGAAUUGUUCAUUGCUUCUGUAAAGACUGCUAUCAUAUUAUGUUUUAUGUUCUUUCUUCAUUUGUCCAUUUCAGUAAUCCCAGGGAGCUAUGUUAACCUCCUAAGAGUAUCUUCAUAAUUUGUGGCUUGUCAGCAGUGCAUGAGAAAACAUUCAUGGUUGCAACUACUUAGCCCAGAGAGAGUAUCUGUAACAUGCAUACUGGUAUAGGAAUUAGCUUAU